AUGUGCGCCGACGGUGCUUCACCGGGAGGUGGUGCGGCCGCGCGGGGAAGCAGCCCUGCACCGGUGCUGCGCGAGCCGAGUCCAGGGCCCUGUGCGGAGACCAGAGAAAGCCCCUUCUUCGCUGCCGCGCUGGCGGUGAUCAAGGGCGCCGCCGCAAGAGCUCUGGAGAUUCCGCUGGCCCUCACCACGGAGGCAGUGAAGCCCUGCAACGACCUCUCGGGUCGACUUACGCUGAACUCCGUGGAGACCUUUCCAUCGAAGCCACAGCGAACAAAGUUUGAAAAGCUGGUCGCCGAGAAAGUCUCGGAAGACGCUGCCUUCCGGGUGUUCACAUUGCCCAAGGCCAUGGCCAAGGAGCUUUACGGCAGUGCCUUCUGCAGUGUGGACCGGCCAGAGGAAGAACUCCCAGAUCCAGUGCAGCUUAUCAGCUUGUCGGACUGGUGCCUCAUAGUCGGCGACUACCCGGUACUCAAGUCUACUGCCCAGCUGGGUCGACUCGAGCUGACCGGAUUCAAGCACCGGAACGAGAAGGGCCACUUCGAGGUCAGCUUCAAAAUUCAUCCACCAGGUACAGGUCCAUCGCUAGCAGAGGCUUCUGACUCUACUCCGCCCGCAUUAGCAGAGCUUCUGCCCACUGCGGCAGCAAGCUGA